AUGCCCAAGUUCCUCCUGGCUCUGUUGCUUGUAGUGCUGCUCUCAGAGAAAUGGCUGGUGAGUGAAGCCAGGACACCUCCCUAUGGUGUCAAGCUGUGUGGCAGGGAGUUCAUCCGUGCUGUCAUCUUCACUUGUGGAGGAUCCCGCUGGAGACGAGCAGGAAAUCUCAGUGCUCUCCUUGGGAGAGAUCCUGCAGAAGCAUUUGAUACAACAUCCUUAUCCAAUGAAUGGAAUCCAGCCCAUUCCUCCCAACAGGAUCCCACUGACAAUUAUGGGAGCUGGCAAGGUCAGCAGAGCUAUGCCCUCUCCGAAGAGCCCCGGCCUUUGGAUCGCAGAGCCCGAGAUGUUAUGGAAAGCCUGAGCAAUGCCUGUUGCAAGUGGGGCUGCAGCAAGCGUGAGAUCAGCUCUUUAUGUUAG